AUGAAGGCGCACUGGCAGAUGCGCGCCUCGGCAGUCGCUAUGGCCGCCUUCGUCGCCAGCAUGGCCGCCAUCACUGUCGACAAGGGCAGCCUCGCCAUCGCACUCAUGGCGCUCUCGGGCUUCUCGGUCGGCUAUGUCGAGCUGCUCGCCCUUGUGCUUGUGCCCUUCACCUGCCCGCCGGGCGACAUUGGUCUUGCCUCGGGCUUCCAGUCCUGCUGCCGCGGCACCAUGGGCACCAUCGCGACGGCCAUCUACGCCACGGUGCUGGAGAACCGGAACCUGGUCAACAUCCCUGGGCAGGUCGGCCCCGCGGCGCUGAGGGCGGGCCUGCCGGCUGGGUCCGUGGCCAUGGCGGUCAAGGCGGCUGAGGCGGGCACUCCAGCGGCGCUAGCCAAGGUCCCCGGCAUGACACCGGCGAUCAGGGAUGCGAUCCAGAUGGCGACAAGGGUGGCGAACGCGAUGAGCUUCCGGACCAUGUUCCUCGUCAGCAUCGCUUUUGGUGUCACCAGCGCGGCCUCGUCGUUUUUCAUCCGCAACUUGGACAGGCACCUCACAGAUGAUGUGGCGAGGAAGCUACAGGGUGUCAAGAGCCGGCCAGUGAGGGCUGAUAUUGAGCAGACUAAGGAGGUGGCUUAA